CAAGAGGCAGACUGGCUUUUUCUGAGUUUGUCAGCUUCCCCCUCCUCCUUCUCAACACCCCCGAAAAUAGCAGCCCAGCGUGUUCAGUGUGUUCAGUGAACGUUUUGUCCAGCGGAUCCGCCGAUAGUGUCCUCAACAAACCCGACCCGGGACGAAAAAGAUUGUGCCGGGUGACUGCUGAAGAGCAUAUGGUGCGUGGAGACCAGCGAAAGUGUGCAUACCAGAAGAAAGGACUUGCAAAAUGUGCUAGGAGAGCGUUGGACGUGAAGUGUGUGUGUGUGUGAGUGUGCGCGUAUGUGUGUGUGUGUAUGUGCGUCUUCGAUCGUCCAAUAUUGUCGGUGAAGUGUCAGAGAGACGGGAAAAAGGACAAAGAGCCAUGGGGCGGAAGAAGAUACAGAUCACCAGGAUCAUGGAUGAAAGGAACAGACAGGUCACCUUCACAAAGAGAAAGUUUGGCCUGAUGAAGAAGGCGUACGAGUUGAGCGUGCUGUGCGACUGCGAGAUCGCCCUCAUCAUUUUCAACAGCUCCAACAAACUCUUCCAGUACGCCAGCACGGACAUGGACAAAGUGCUGCUCAAGUACACCGAGUACAACGAGCCCCACGAGAGCAGAACCAACUCGGACAUUGUGGAGAAAUUAAGAAACAAAGGCCAUAAUGACUGUGCUAGCCCCGAUCCCGACGACUGUUUCGGGCACAGCCCCCUCCCCGACGACCAUUUCGGCAAACUAAGCGAAGAGAGCGAUUUAAUGUACAAGCGCUGCGGUGCGCUAAACAAGAAAGAACACCGAGGUUGCGAUAGCCCGGACCCCGACGCAUCGUAUGUCCUCACUCCUCACACUGAAGAAAAGUAUAAAAAAAUUAAUGAGGAGUUUGAUAAUAUGAUGAGAAAUCAUAAAAUCCCUACAGCGUUGCCCCAGCAGAACUUCUCCAUGCACGUGGCCGUGCCCGUAUCCCACCCCAACGCCAUGUACCAGUCGGGAGGCGUGACUCUGGGCGGCCAGAGCUUAGCGGCGGCCGCGGCCUCUCUCGGCGACAACGGGAUGCUGUCCCCUUCGCAGGCCUCCUUGCAUAGGAAUGCGGGUUCCAGCGGAGGCCCCCAGAGGCCCACCAGCGCAGGGAACGGCUUCGCCAACCCCAGAGGCUCUCCGGGCCUCCUCUGCGCGCCAAGCGGCAACGGCUUGGGGAAAGUCAUGCCCAACAAGUCACCGCCACCCCCUGGAGGGAGCAUGGCAAUGGGAGCCCGCAAGCCGGACCUGAGGGUCGUCAUCCCUCCGUCGAGCAAAGCGAUGAUGCCCCCGCUGAACACCCAAAGGAUAAGCAGCUCCCAGUCGGCCCAGCCACUGGCCACUCCAGUCGUAUCGGUCACCACACCCAGCUUACCUCCACAAAGCCUGGUCUACUCGGGCGUGCCCACCUCCUACAACCCUGCCGAGUAUUCCCUAAGCAGUGCGGAGCUCUCCUCCCUCCAGGGCUUUAGCUCUCCGGGGCUCUCGCUGGGCUCCAUGUCAGCAUGGCAACAACAUCAACUGGGCCAAGCCGCGCUUAAUUCUUUGGUAAGCGGCGGAGGGCACCUACCUCAGGGCUCCAACCUCUCCGUUAGCACGAGCCAGAGCAUCAACAUUAAGUCGGAGCCCAUCUCGCCACCACGAGAGCGCGUCACCUCCUCCGGUUUCCCGCCUCAGCAGCCGCCGUUGCCGCACCCGCAGCAGCAGCAGGGGCCCGGCCGGCAACAGGAGGGUCUGGGACGCUCGCCCGCCGACAGCCUCAGCUCCUCCUGCAGCUCCUACGACGGCAGCGACCGCGAGGACCACCGGGCGGACUUCCACUCGCCCCUCGGGCCGGGCAGAGCGCCGGCGGCCGGCGACAGGGAAAGUCCCUCGGUCAAGCGCCUGCGCAUGGACGCGUGGGUGACAUAGAACGGCCGGCGGCGGGUGCCGAGCAGGCAAGAGCGAAGGGUCCUUCAAGUUAAUGAUAUCUUCACUCAACAACCCCGGGUUCAGUUUGUAAACGAAGCAGGUACUGAUUGUCAGGCGGGAACAGAGAAGCGUUCCCAGACAAACACGUUAUAAUAGUUUGUAGUCAUCUGACAAUUAUAUUUUGUCGUCGCUGUUUCGCUGUUGUGCUCGCAAACAAUCAGAGAGCAGGCUGUGGGCCACCCUUUUUUUUUUUUUUUUUUUUUUUUAAAGAAUCAUGCUGUAAACAUACACACACACGUUUAUGUAGUCAUGUCAAGUGGCCUCUAAUUUAUUGAGUGUUGAGUGGAGGGAGAAUAUCAAAUGAAGGAAUUGGCUGCAAAAAUGGCCUCGUGUUCAUGUUGCUGUUAAAGGGGACAUAUUAUGGACUGUUUAAAUGCUUGAGCGAUAAUCCCCACGCUAUACGCAGAGGGGAGGGACUGAGCCCUGGAAAAAAAAAACAGGCUUUGUAUACAAAUAGAAGUCAACAGUCAAGACUCUCCGUAACCUCAUUAGCAACCCAGGCUAAACUAAGCUUCCUCCCAGCAUAAAAUGCAAACUGGAUAACGUCAACAUUCUUCUUUGGCACCAAUUUUUAUGUCGAUACUUCCUUAAUCUUUGUGGAAGUCGCUAUCAGGUCAAGGUGAGAUUUUGUAACCACUCUCGAAAACCGUCCUUGUGUUGGUACGCCGCACAUAGUAGAGGAGAGGCGGGAUGAGAAGUGGCUCAUUUGCACAUGACAGGAUUGUCCACUCAAAUGAAGCUUCAGAAAAAAAAAAAAAGAAUUCUCGAUCCUUGGGGUGAAAAAAUGCAUACUAUGUCUCCUUUAAUGUUAAGACUAAGGAA